GGCAACAGUGGUUGCGAGCACGUGGAGGCAUUCAUAAUAAGCGUCGACGUCACGCUGGCUCCUCCCCCCGCUGCUCCAGAUCAGCCUCCAGCGGUUCCACGGCGCGUCCUGUCGCUGAAAGUCUCCGCGUUUCACCCGUUUCCCGUCGCGUAAACCCGGCCAGACCGCGCGCACACGAGCGGAACCCGAUGGCUUCGACGGCUUCCGACGGUUCCGAGCAAGAGUCGCCGAAUCCGAGCGAACAAAACGGCGACGGGAGUGAGUCGGGCCUACGCGCCGCCGAUCCGGAACCGGCCGUUAAGAUGGAGACGCACGAGAAGCCCAACGGACACGAGACUACAAAACAAAGCCCGGAGGAAGCCACGCGGGGAGACGGCGAGACCGAAGCGGAGCCGCAGAAGAGCCCCGGCAGCGCGGACGGGACGGCGGAGCGGAUGAAGAGAGAACAAAGGGAGGAGGAGAGCGCGCCCUCACCGGCGGAGAAAAACAGCGGCGGCGGCGGCGGCGGAGGAAUAAAGAGGCGCGCGAGUCUGGAGAUGAUGAGCCUGUCGUCGGACGGAGAGCCGCUCAGCCGCAUGGACUCAGAGGACAGUAUCAGCAGUACUAUCAUGGACAUGGAGAGCAUUGCUUCCAGCGGUCGUUCUCCCCCAGCUAUGAUGAACGGAUCGAUGUCUGUCUCUUUGAAGUGUGUGGUGGGUGGGUGCAAUGCCACCUUCGCCUCCCAGGGGGGGCUAGCGCGCCACGUGCCGACCCACUUCAGCUCACAGAAUUCCUCCAAACUCUCAAGCCAAACCAAGGUGAAGGAAGAGUCACCUUCCAAAGCGGGCAUCAACAAACGGAAGAAACUUAAAUACAAACGGCGGCGGUCAUUGCCACGACCUCAUGACUUUUUUGACGCUCAGACCAUGGAUGCAAUCCGUCAUCGCGCCAUCUGCCUCAAUCUAGCGACUCAUAUUGAGAGCCAAGGCAAAGGCCACAGCGUUGUGUUUCACAGUACGGUGAUCGCCAGGCGGAAGGAGGAUUCUGGGAAAGUGAAGGUGCUGCUUCAUUGGAUGCCAGAGGACAUACUUCCAGACGCCUGGGUCUGCGAGAGCGACCAUCCCCAGCUGAAGACCAAAGUGGUCCACCUCUCCCAGCUUCCUCAAGACACGGCGGUUCUGUUGGACCCCAACAUCUACAGCAAUCCCAUCAUCCACGAGGCCUUUCAGUGCGGCUCCCAUUAA